GUGAAAUAACUUUCCCUAAACAUAGUCGUGUAGUUAAAAUUGCAACAAUGGAUGGGUCCGUCUAAGUUGGAAACAAGCAUUUGGAUGAUUUGCCAUCUAUAUUAACCUUGACGAGAAUAUCGUACCUUCCUUCUCGCAUGAUCAAAUCCAUUCGAUCUCGUCAUUUGUUAAUGUCAGGCCCAAUAUGAAACUGUUGGAUAUAAUAAUAAAAUUAACAGGUACAGAACAACCACUUUCGGCCCAAAAAAGUGUUGGAAAGGAAGCGGGCAGGCCCAGUAGGGCUGAAGCCGACCCAAUCGAAACCCUAAACCCGAAAAUUAGGGUUUUUAUAUUUCGCAUCCCUCUUUCCGAUUCAUCUUUCCCAGAGGCCAGCGCCACUCAGUGUUGAGGGGAAAACCAGAAGCGACAGAGCUCCUCCGCCAAGGUAAGACUCGAGCGAGUUAGGAAAGAUGCCGGCUGGCCAUGGUCUUCGUUCUCGCACUCGAGAUUCCUUCUCCAGGCCCUUCAGGAAGAGGGGUUACAUCCCCCUGACCACUUACCUUCGUACCUUCAAGGUCGGUGACUACGUCGAUGUCAAAGUCAAUGGCGCCGUCCACAAGGGUAUGCCCCAUAAGUUCUACCACGGCCGCACCGGUCGCGUCUGGAACGUCACCAAGCGCGCCGUCGGCGUAGAGAUGAACAAGCAGGUUGGGGGCAGGAUCAUCAGGAAGAGGAUCCAUGUUAGGAUUGAGCAUGUGAUUCCCUCAAGGUGCACUGAGGAGCUCCGCCUCAGGAAGAAGAAGAAUGACGAACUGAAGGCUGCAGCAAAGGCCAGAGGCGAAGUUAUCAGCACCAAGAGACAGCCUGAGGGCCCUAAACCCGGCUUCAUGGUGGAGGGUGCAACUCUGGAAACCGUUACUCCUAUUCCCUACGACGUCACCAACGAUCUUAAGGGCGGAUAUUAGAUUCAGUUGUUCCCUAGGGCUCUUUUUCGUGUUUUUGGCUCUUUGUUGUUUGGGUUUAUGCAAUCUGAAACUUCAAUGCACUGCUUGAGAGCCUCUCUUAAAUUUAUGCAGUCUGUUUUAACUUGUUUCAGUUUUGGAUGAUACUUCGGUCGAUAAUGUCUGAGCGAGAUUUUGUUUUACAGAAGUUAUAUGUGCUUCAUUGGAUUCUUCAUUUGCAUCAUAGUUUAGUGCCCAUUCGGUUCAAGGCGUGGAGUUAGCUACAAUUUUAUAUGUUCCCUGUAAUGCCUCUGUGAAACCAUCUUUUAGGGUUCGUAAAAGCUGCUAUUUCCCUCUUGCGUUGAUCCCUCUGUACUACGGUGGUAAUGGUAUGGUUCAAUCUUCCAUUGUAGGGGUUGCAUGGAAAAUGAAUGAAGUAAAAUGAA